ACGGUGUCGAUGAUCGAGUCCUUCUUCCUCGCGAUGGUGGCCUUCCUGGACGUACUGCAAAGGGCGCGAGAGGAGAUCGACAGAGUAGUUGGUGCAACACGGCUGCAUGACUUUGGCGAUCGCGAUGCCCUACCUUAUGUCUCGGCCCUCGUCAGGGAGUUGUCGAGAUGGGCUCCCGUUGCGCCUCUAGGCUUGCCACAUAUGACCAACGAAGACGAUGUAUAUAACGGGUGCUUCUCUAGUCACGACGACCUUUAG